CCCCCUAUAAACUCACCCAAAAAGUUCUUUCUUCUCCGUGUUCCAAAGCUCUCUCAAUAUAUAAUAUAUUCCUCUUCAAAAUUCCAUCUCUGCAACAAAUCACAGCAUGGCUAAGGUCAAGGUUGCCACCCUCUUCAUGAUACUCCUCCUUGUACUAUUCUCAACCCUAACCAACGCCGUCCGUCCAGAACCAGCAGCUUUCCCCCACAGUUCUGUUGCUAAAACACAAGUGGAUAAUGUUGCGGAAGAAGACUGCCAAGGAGGUUCAGAUGAAGAGUGUUUGAUGAGAAGAACUCUUGUUGCUCAUACUGAUUACAUCUAUACGCAGAAGCAGCAUCCUUGAGAUUUUCUUGUUUUAUUAUAUAGUUUUAUAACAAUAAAAAUGCCUCUUGGUUCAGCCAUACAUCUUGGUUAACUUCAUCAAAUUUGGGGUUGCAAUCGCAUAAUAAUAUAUUUACAUGUGUGUCUAUCUGUAUAUCUAUUCCUCUCUGUUAAUCAAGUAAUAUAUGAAGUUUGAAAUUA